AUGGAAUCCAUACCAUAUCGCUCACCAUCCAAAGUGCGAACACUGCUCGAGAGCCAUCGGCAUAAGGCUUCUUCUUACCUAGAGAGUUACUUUGCUCUAUAUCACUGCACCAAUUUCUUCGAUAACUCAAAACUCCAAGCCGAGGUACAUCAAUUCUGGCAAACUCCGGAGAAGUUCGAUCUUGGUUGGCUUGCUCAGCAUCUUGCUGUUCUCGGAUUAGGUGCAUUUGCUGCAGGUAUUGAGGACAAAAUCGCUGCUGAACUAUUCUUCGCCAGCGAGGCCUGCCUGGCGCAGACACCGUACAUGUUUCGUCCUACAGUCGCCAACAUCCGGACAUUAUUCCUUCAUGUUCAAGCUAAGCAGGUUUGCUACGCUACCUGCUGGGCUCUUGACGCAUGUUGGAACAUUGUGGGACUCAUCGUGCGUCUCUCUAUUAUGAUGGGCCUGCAUCGAAGCUGGGUUCCCGAGCCAGACGAGAUCCCCAGCAUCUUUGAUGAGAGGGAGCAACGCAAACGCCUAUGGAAUGCAGUCGUCAAGGUGGACAUACAAAUGUCUCUUGUGACGGGACAGGCAUCGCCAUUGCCUACCGAUGCCUUUUUAGCAAAUGCUCUUAACAGCAUCCAGGGUUUACCUCACAACAGCUACGAUCUUAUAGCAGCAUCGUAUCCUCUUAUUUAUGAAGUCCUCACGAGACUCAACACGAGUAUAGAUAUGAUAUCCUACGAGGAAGUCCUACACUACGACACACAACUGCGGCGAGUCAUGCGACUCGCUGUUGCAGCUGCGGAAAACCAGAGCUACGUCGUUCGCACAACGACCGAUAUCUUCUUUCGGCGAGUGCUCAUGGUUCUACAUCGCUAUUAUGCCUUAGAUUCGGAUGCUCCGAACCUUUAUCCGACCUCCUAUUGGUCUUCGCUUGAGUGCUGCCUCGCGCUUAUCGUGCACCAUCGGGCGCUCAUGGCGCAGUGUGGAGCCCUACCAAACAACGUUCACCUCAUUGCUCGACCUUUUAUGCUGGACUUCUUCGCAGCGGCAUUGACUACGUGUAUCCAUCUACUAUCCAUCGAUGCUCCACUUUCUGCUACCAUCGGCUCUGAGAGCACGAUUCCGCCUCGUCGAACGAUUAUGGAUACUAUCGAAUCGUGUCUGGACAUAUUCGCGAGGGAAAGUGACCACUCUGUCUGCUUCGGGACCGGAUAUCGUCUAUUGAGUGUUGUGUAUGGGCUGAUUCCCAAGCAUCUGACAUGA